AUGGGCAGUAAGAGAGACAGCCAGACAACCAAACAGGCAGUCAGAGAGACAGCCAGACAACCAAACAGGCAGCCAGAGAGACAGCCAGACAACCAAACAGGCAGUCAGAGAGGACAGCCAGACGAGCAAACAGGCAGUCAGAGAGGACAGCCAGACGAGCAAACAGGCAGUCAGAGAGACAGCCAGACAAGCAAACAGGCAGUCAGAGAGACAGCCAGACGAGCAAACAGGCAGUCAGAGAGACAACAAGACAACCAAACAGGCAGUCAGAGAGACAGCCAGACAACCAAACAGGCAGUCAGAGAGACAGCCAGACAACCAAACAGGCAGUCAGAGAGACAGCCAGACAACCAAACAGGCAGUCAGAGAGACAGCCAGACAACCAAACAGGCAGUCAGAUUGACAGCCAGACAACCAAACAGGCAGUCAGAGAGACAGCCAGACGAGCAAACAGGCAGUCAGAGAGACAGCCAGACGAGCAAACAGGCAGUCAGAGAGACAACCAGACAACCAAACAGGCAGUCAGAGAGACAGCCAGACGAGCAAACAGGCAGUCAGAGAGACAGCCAGAUAACCAAACAGGCAGUCAGAGAGACAGCCAGACAACCAAAUAGGCAGUCCGAGGGACAGCCAGACAACCAAACCGGCAAUCAGAGAGACAGCCAGACAGGCAGUCAGAGAGAUGGACAAUCAAAUUUCCAGCCAGCCUGCCAGACAGAUCUGCAUUUUAUGCAAAUGCAUGAAACUAAGAAACACUUUACGCCAAAAAAUUAA